AUGCCGUUCGUGCGCCAGCUGGUCCGGCCACUGCUUGCAGCGCUGGCUCUGGCAUCUAUGGCAAUAGCCCAAUAUUCCGGCUCCGUUAUUGCCAUGGAUUCCUCGGCCUCAGACUUGACAUCCACAGCGUCCUCGUCCUUGUCAGCUACUAAAACCUCGACUUCGACUGGUAUAGCAACUCAUACCAUUCAGGUUGGAUCCAAGUCUGACCCGCAUCAAUAUUCACCCAGCAGUGUUAAGGCCAACGUCGGGGAUAUUGUCGUUUUCGAAUUUUACCCAACCAAUCACUCGGUCGUCAAAGCAGACUAUCUCGCACCAUGUGUGCCAGCCAGUGGGGAUAUUUUCUACUCGGGGAUGUUUGACACAUUCAAUGAAGAGGAUGGACAACUUGUGGGGGACCCACCGACCUGGUCGCUGAGGAUUAAUGACACUGCACCAACCUUUUUCUAUUGUACCGCAAUCGACUCUUGUUUGAAAAAUGGCAUGGUUGGCGUUAUCAAUCCGAAUUCGAGCGAGACAUUCAAAUCACAAUACAAGAAAGCCCUCCACUAUCCCUACAUGCUUGUCCCCGGCCAAUCAAUGCCCGCUGAAGGCGAGGGUACUACCACAGACACAACCUCAAGCGCCACAGCAAGCGCAACAAGCAGCCCAUCCGACAAACACGGUCUAUCAACCGGAGCAAUCGCAGGUAUCGCUGUUGCAGGAGUAGCAUUCCUCGCAAUUCUAGUCGCACUAUUCUUCGUCCUCGGCCGCAAUCGCGUCUACUCACAAUGGAUGUCUUCCCAAGACGGGCGCACCGAGCGAACAGCACGGUGGGCGUUAUUCAAUUCAGACGCCCACAGCAACGGCAACCGGAAAAGCGAAAUGUCUAGCAGUACUUUGAAGCCCGGCCACAUUGAUAUCAGUGCUGUUUCCAGUCCGGAUCCGAAUGUUCGUACCUUUUCGCCGGGUACAGAGCAUAUGUCUUCGCAUGGAUCUCCGUCCACGCAGCAGGGCCAUUGGAGCUGGAAUGAGCCACCACCGCCUGCGCCUCGGACGCACAUUGCUCCGACAGAGUUGGACGGCCAUCCUAUGAUUUACGAGGCUCCGGAUAAUAGUCGGUUCCCCGACAACAAUCGGUACCCGGUUAACAAUCGAUUCUGA